AGGAGCAGUCGCGAGCAGGAGAUCCCACCCUGUGCCUCUCACUGUAGCACACACUUCUUCCUGGAUGGAAACAACACGCAUUAACGAGGAGAGCAGGGAUCGUCCACGCACCAAGGAGCGGAAAGACCAACGUUUUAACAUGUUUUUGUCCAGGAUUUGAGUUAAUCUUUGCACACCAGACAACGACAAUCGACGUAUUUACACUGACACUAGUUUGAAGCGGUUUAAACGAGCACUAAAAGCACACGUGAGUGCAAUGCGGAUUUGGAUGUAAGACAAGGAUAGUCCCCCUGCUCCUUCAGACAGACAGCUUGUGGUGAAUGCCCACGCAAGGGUCCAGGAGCAACAGAAUGGCACAGCCAUUUUCUCUGCUGCAGAAGGGCUAGGAGUGGCAUCUUCUUUUCCUUGGGAACUCUAAUCUUGACUCAAACAUGGCCACCAGGAGUCCUACUCCAACCAGGCAAGCUAGCCUAGAGAUGCAAGCUAGCCCAGAGAUGCGAGCUGGCCCUGAGAGGAAAUCUUGUGAGGUUUUCUGCAAACUCUGCCUGGUGGAGCAGCCCUCAGCAGCCAUGAGGGAACUGCUGAACUGCAACUGCAUUUUCUGUACAGCGUGCUUGCAGCAGUAUGUUAAGCUGGCCAUUUUUGAGGGUGGAGGGGCACCUAUAACCUGCCCCGAUAUGAGCUGCCAAAAGACAGGCGUGCUGCUGGACUCUGAGAUUGUAGCUUUAGCUGGAGUAGCUCAAGCCAAGCUCUAUCAAAGACUGAGAUUUGAAAAAGAGGUGAAGUUGGACCCCAGCAGAGCCUGGUGCCCUGUGCUUGAAUGCCAGUCUGUGUGCAGUGUGCAGCUCUCAGCAGAAGGGCAUCCGACAGCUGUGUCCUGCCCCACUUGCCACACUGUCUUCUGCUCUGGGUGUCGAGAGGCAUGGGGGGACAAACAUACCUGUCCUGAGCAGCAACCCAUGAUUUUACCCCUCAGCGGAAACGAAAGCAGAAGUCGCUCUGACAGUGACUCGCCCAUCAAACAGUGUCCCAUGUGUGGCAUUUACAUCGAGAGGAACCAGGGAUGUGCUCAGAUGCUCUGCAAAAGCUGUAAACACACCUUCUGCUGGUACUGUCUACACAACCUGGAUGGAGAUAUCUUUCUGAGGCACUAUGACAAAGGCCCCUGCAGAAACAAACUGGGGCACUCCCGAGCUUCUGUGAUGUGGAACAGGACACAGGUGGUGGGCAUCCUGGUGGGCAUCUGCAUAGUGGUGAUGGUGACGUCUCCUCUCUUGGUGCUUGCUUCUCCAUGCAUCUUGUGUUGUGUGAGCAAACCGUGCCGUGGGAAGCCAAAAACCAACAAGAAGAGGAAGGACAUUUCCACAUCUGAUCCCUCCACAUCAUAGCAGCCCUUAACUCAUGGACUUGUUCUGGGAUCACUUAAUACUGGCUUUAUAUUGCCUCAACCACAGACAACCAAGCUAGAGUCACACUAACUUUAAAUGUGGCCUCAGAUCUGACUUCACUAGUCAACAUUAAUGUGCACUGUGUAAUUGUUCUUGUAGAGGGUAUGCCACCUGCCUGUCUCCAUUAAGUUAUUGCUUUGCAUAGAAAGUUCCACGUAGACAAGGUGACUCCAUCUGGUAAAGUUACAGGUCAGAUUUGUCGAGAGGAGAGCCUGUUCACAGUAAGAAGUCAUGCAAAGUAAUUUUGCUCUUAAAACCCUAUAACUGAAUAAAUGCAAGAUGGAUAGUUUAAUGCCAUACCGUGGAACAUGCCAGGCAAAGCAAUUAAAUCUCCAUGGAUAGAGCUAAGCAGAUGGUGGACCCUAUCACCAGAAAAGUGUCACAGUGCAUCUAUAUAAAUAGGAGAUUUUUUUUUUUUCUUGUGAGAGUUGAACCUUCAGGUCUGGGCCUCUUUCUGCAGCACUUUCUGUUAAGAGCCAGUUUAAAAGGGCUACACAAUAGAAACAAAUUUUAUGUUUUGCUUGUUUUGUGCAGAAGCCUUGAAAACAUUACAAAAAUAUGAACAUUGCCACAGCUGAGUUCUUUGCAAUUACUAGCUUUGAAUUCCCAUUAACCAAACUACAGACAAGCUCUAUAACUUACGUACCUAAAACAGAAAAAAUUCAGUUUUCAACCAAAAAAGCAAAAUACUUUUGUAUUUAUUCCUUUGAAUUUUCAGCACUUUUCCCAGCAGUGUGAACAUAGGUGUUGACAUGCAAAGGGCUACAUGGUAGAAAAUGUGACUUGAGCCUUGGCCGUGAUUUCUGUGUUGUUAAAACCAACAAAUGGAUACUGAUGCAUUUAAGGGCUUAUAUAACAGUAACUCUUGUAUAUAGAACAUUAAGAGAAUGAAUGUCAUCUUUAUUUUACACAGGUGGAGAGUACAAAAUUCUUGUAGCUAUGCAUUCAUUUGACUAUGUAGACCAAUCAUGCAUAACAUUAUAACCACUGGACUGCAUGAAAUUGUGAAUAUUACAUGUCCUUUUAGUUGACAUGCUAAAAGAAAGACAAACAUUUUUGUCAGGAGCCAAAGUGUGGUUUCCCAGUCAGAACUUCCCUUCCCCUUUCAUGGGGUAUCUGCAGUGAUCUAUAAAUGCCCCAAUGAAGCAAAGAUGAAGAGAUGAUGGGGUCAGUGCACAAACUACUAUCGGCCACACUGUUUAAAUUAGAAAUGAUCAGAUGAAAUGAUGAUUUACAUUUUGUUGCUUUAUAUUUGUAUUUGACAGGUGAUUAUAACGUUAUGUUUUAAUGAUAUGUGCAACUAUUUCUAUGCUUUACAAGAAGCAGUGCAACUGUCAUGUGCCAAACUUCAUGAUGCUUAACCUGAGUUACAGGUGCUUAAGUGCCUCACUCUAGUGCCUGGUGCUUAGACGCAUUGCCUUUCAUUGUUUCCACAUGUUUGAACUCUCAAACAUAACCAGCCAUUACAUUUUAUAAUGCGUAACACUUUGUAAAACAUGCUCUGCUGUGAGAAAAGGCAAGUAGCAGCACUGUGUAUUGACACGAUAAAAGCUUCCAUGCACAUAGAGCUUUUUUCAGUUGUUUUGACAGGGUGUUGUAGACCAAAGACACCAAGUAUAAUGUUCUCUGGAGUAUUUAUCGAUGAUGAGUCUACUGUCUGUACCAUAUGUGUUUGUACUUUGUUGCAGCGCCACAUUUUAUAAAACCACCACUUUAAUUGAAUAAAACACUUUCUUUAACGUGCAACACAU